ACAGCCAUCAGCAUGACAAGCACUCACUCCCAUGGACGGUGAUCUUAGCUGUUUCUCAAAUACAUAAAUUCUAUCUAUUAAAUAUUUUAGUUGCUAUAACCCCAAUUGCCUCUCUUUUUCUUCUAAUACCAUAAUUCGCUCCUCGCAGUCCCUCCGGGUACCGCCCGUCUGCUACAUCGGCGCACCGGCUAUACCCCAGAGCCCGCCUACCCGUUGCUCCCCUCCUCUCGGCUUAGCCCACGGGUUUAUCGUAUUUCCUCCACCACGCCCGAGCUCGCCACAGCAUCGUUUUCUCUUCUCUGCCGAGCCACAGCCAACAAAACCGCCACGAAACCAUCCGAGAGCUCUCUUUCUCGUCCUCACCUCACCCUUCUCGAAUCUCUUCGUACUGCUGCUAUCAGCAAAAAUGAUGCGACGAGCCCUCUCGCGAGCCCCUGCUCCCAAGCGAGUUCUCUUCUCUGCCACCCGAUCAUCCCCAAUCGCCGCUGCCCGCGCCAUCUCGACCUCCGCCGUCCGCAUGUCUGCUCCCACCAACAUGUUCUCCUCUGGCAUCCCAGCCCAGGACUCCUUCCAGCUUCUGCCCGAGUCUCUAAAGGCCGGCGAGGCAGAAGAUGCCCUGUACGAGGCCCAGCUCAAGGAAGUCGAAGCGUGGUGGGCGUCCCCUCGUUACGCUGGCAUCAAGAGACCCUACAGCGCUGCCGACGUUGUUUCCAAGCGCGGCUCUCAGCGCAUCUCUUACCCCAGCUCCGUCAUGGCUGCUAAGCUCUUUGACCUGAUCCAAGAGCGCUCUGCCAAGGGCGAGCCCAUUCACACACUCGGAGCCAUUGAUCCCGUUCAAAUGACACAGCAAGCUCCCCAUCAAGAGGUCCUCUACUUGUCUGGCUGGGCAUGCUCGUCGCUCCUCACAUCGACCAACGAAGUCUCCCCCGACUUUGGCGACUACCCGUAUAACACGGUCCCCAACCAGGUCCAGCGUAUGGCCAAGGCCCAGUCCAUGCAUGACCGUAAGCAGUGGGAUGCUCGCCGUAAGAUGACGGCCGAAGAGCGCGCCAAGACACCUUACACCGAUUACCUUCGCCCCAUCAUCGCCGACGGUGACACUGGUCACGGUGGCCUGUCUGCUGUUCUCAAGUUGGCCAAGCUGUUUGCCGAGAACGGUGCCGCUGCCGUGCACUUUGAAGACCAGCUCCAUGGCGGCAAGAAGUGCGGUCAUCUUGCUGGCAAGGUCCUCGUCCCUACCGGCGAGCACAUCAACCGCCUCAAUGCCGCCCGCUUCCAGUGGGACGUCAUGGGCUCUGAGAACCUGGUUAUUGCCCGCACCGACUCCGAGUCUGGCAAGCUAAUCUCCUCGGCCAUUGAUGUACGCGACCACGAAUUCAUCCUUGGUGUCACUGAUGCAUCAAUUGAGCCUCUUGCCGAGACUAUCCAGGCCAUGGAGGCCCGUGGUGCCAGCGGCCCCGAGAUUGACACCUUUGAAGCCGCCUGGGUCAAGAAGACAACCCUCGUCACCUUUGACGAGGCCGCCGUGGCUCACAUGCGCAGCGAAGGCGUCGCCGAGGACAAGAUCUCUGAAUACCUGUCUGCCACACAGGCCGACCGCGACAUGGGCAUUACGCGCCGCCGUGCCCUUGCUGCCCACUACUCCAAGACCCCCGUCUACUUCAACUGGGACGUCCCCCGCACCCGCGAGGGCUUCUACCACUUCAAGGCCGGCAUGGCCGCCGCUACCAAGCGUGCGCUUGCCUUUGGCCCCUACGCCGAUCUGCUGUGGGUUGAGACUGGCGACCCCAACGUCGAGGUGGCCAGCAAGCUCGGCCGUGCCGUGCGCGAGGUCUUCCCUGGUAAGGGCCUGGUGUACAACCUGUCGCCGUCGUUUAACUGGAUGGCGCACGGCUUCAGCGAGGAGACGCUCAAGUCGUUCAUCUGGGACAUUGCCAAGGAGGGCUUUGUGCUGCAGCUUGUUUCGCUGGCUGGUCUACACACCAGCGCCACCAUCACCACCGAGCUGGCCCGCGACUUCAAGACGGACGGCAUGAAGGCAUACGUCGAUCUCGUACAGCGCCGUGAAAAGGACCUCAAGUGCGAUGUUCUCACGCAUCAGAAGUGGAGCGGUGCCAGCUACAUUGAUGGCAUCCUCGGCGCCAUUCAGAGCGGCAGCUCGAGCUCCAAGAGCAUGGGUGACGGCAACACUGAGGGCCAGUUCAAUUAAGCUAGCUAUAUAAGGGAUGGAUGGUAAAAGAAAAAAACGGAGGAAGACCCUUUGGCGCAUUUGAAUUGGCGUUUUAUGUUUUUUUAUAUCCUUAACAUUUCGACUUGUAGAAAAAAGACACUGCGAAAGUAGUGAUAUAUAAUGGAAUUUUUAUUUUGUAUUAUUAAGUGAACGUGGUUCGUUUUUUCUUUGUAGAGCCGCAGCAUAAGUCAUUAUACAUGGAACAAGACGUGUUUACAAGGAGUCCUUGGAAGCGUUGUUCUGGGGAGCAGCAGGGGCAGGGCCCUCGGGGGUAACGUAGGCCUUGCUGAGACCGCCGUCAACAACAAAGUCAUGGCCGUUGACGAAGCUAGACUCGUCACUGGCAAGGAAGACGACGGCGUGGGCCUGCUCAACGGCCUCACCGAAGCGGCCGGUAGGGAAGUGGACCUCGCGGCGGUUACGCUUGGCCUGGUCGUCACCGAGCCAGUCCUGGAGGAGCGGGGUGUUGAGGGGAGCAGGGCAGAGGGAGUUGAAGCGGAAUCCCUCGCGGGCGUGGACCAUGGCGAGCUCGCGAGUGAGGGCGAGGACGGCACCCUUGGAGGCUGUGUAGGCGAGCUGGGGAGUAGCAGCGCCCAUGAGGGCGACAAAGGACGCCGUGUUGAUGAUGGAGCCCUUGGUCUUGUUGUUGCGGCGGAGGGCGAGCACAGCGUGCUUGCAGCCGAACCAGACGCCCUUGACGUUGAUGGCCUGGGUCAGGUCCCAGAUCUCCUCGGGGGUGUUGACGGCGUCGUCGUCCCUGGCGUGCAUGAUGCCGGCGUUGUUGAACAUGAUGUCCAUGCCACCCCAGGCAUCGAGCGACUCAACCAUGGCCUUGAUCUGGUCUUCCUUGGAGACGUCACAUUGCUAGAAGCAUGUAUUAGCUUUGUUAUUGUGGUUUUAAAAAUGCAAGAGAACAAAAAGGUUG